AAAAGCUUGGACCAAAACAAAGCAAACAGAAAAAAUGGCAAUCCUCAUUACACCAUUUUCAUACUCACCACAAGCUUCUUCUCUUUACCUUAGGUCCAAAUUACACAACAUCAACAUCUAUAGUACUUAUGGCUAUAGAAGUAGUACCCCUCUUCGUUCUUUUGUUCUUUGUUCAUCUCAACAACAAAUUUCUCCACAACCAAUCUUGAUUGAUAAAUCUAUAUUAAGUAUAUCUGAAGCUAAAUCUGAAAAUGAAUUAUGGGCUGCUUCUUGUCUUCGUGUUAGAACUUUCUAUGGUUUCCAACAUGAUACUCUCAACACAGAAGAUCAUACAAAGUACCUGACUGAACGUGAGUUUGAAGCACUGACGGAACGUAUCGCUGGGAAAAGAGUCGGCUUUGGAAGAGUUUCUUGCAUCAAUGCCAUUCUUCCAUUUUCAAAAGUCUCAAAUGUUGCAUAUGAUUUGAGUACUUCUUGUAAAUUUUCUCAAGAUAAUGCGGAACUAGUUGUCGUUGGGACACUGGAUAUUAACCAGUGCAUCAGACUUCCUGAUGAAAUCACAGGAAUGAAACCAAAGGGAAUUGGAGCUGAUUUUGCUAGGGGAUAUGUGAGUAAUGUAUGCGUUGCUAAAGAAAUGCAAAGAAAUGGCCUGGGCUGUGCUCUUAUUGCUAAAGCGAAGACGGUUGCUAAAGAAAUGGGAAUAAGUGAUUUAUACGUCCAUGUUGCCAUUGACAAUGAGCCGGCGAAGAAGUUGUACAUGAAGUGUGGCUUUGUAUACGAGAACGAGGAACCUGCAUGGCAAGCAAGGUUCUUAGAUCGACCUCGUAGGCUUCUUUUGUGGACAGAUCUCUCCAACUCUUAAGAUUUUUCGAUGUAGAAUAUACACAAAGUUCUCAUUUCUACCCUCAAUACCGGGUCAUUCUAUAGCAUUAUUAUACCUUCCGUAUUCAUCGUGUGUUGGUUAUUUGUCAGCAACAGUUUAGCUUACGAUGUGCUUGGACGCCCUCGACCAAAGACGUCCAAGAGAAUCAAAAGCUAGAGGAGUUUGUGAAGGGAAUUGUGCCAUGUGUUAGAAAGUACCUAUAAUUGUAUCAUUUUUUAUAGAUUUUUAUUGCAAGUAAUUUCUUCAUGGGUUCGAGCCGAAAACAGCCUCUUGCAGAAAUGCAGGGUAAGGCUGCAUACGAUAGACCCUUGUGGUUCGACCCUUCCCCGAAUCCCUACAGGGAACUUAGUGUAUUGGGCUGCCCUUUUUUUAAUAUUUCCAUGUAUCAUUUGUGUCCAUCUUUUUACAUAUCAUAUUGAAAAUGUAAGAUGUUUUGCUUGUU